AAUCAUGAAUGAAUUUACCCCUCUAUGAUUCACUAUUAACUUUCCAAUCCCUUCCAUCACGACCAGGAGCCUGGCAAAGUUGAAACACACUUUGCCCGAAUCGACACACUAUUACUCAUGAAGAUUUUGCUGACUUCCUUUAGUCCAAAGCCUUUGCUUAUAGCGGAUAAUGGAUCUUUGGGACGAAAUAGUGAAGAAAUCAGGUUGCCAUCUUGGCUUUCUGAACAUGAUAUCGACUAUUUUGCAAGCAAAUUUAGUAAGACGGGUUUUACAGGUGGAAUCAACUAUUACCGUAACUUAAACAGGAACUGGGAACUGCUUGCACCUUGGACUGGGAUUCAGAUUACAGUGCCCACAAAGUUCAUUACAGGGGAUGAAGAUUUGACCUACCAUAUGGCAGCAAUGAAGGACUACAUUGAAAAAGGAGGGUUUAAGAGAGGUGUUCCGUUGCUGGAGGAUGUUAUUAUUAUGAAAGGAAUUGGGCAUUUCAUUAACCAGGAAAAGCCGGAAGAGAUAUCUGAACACAUUUAUAAUUUCUUCAAGAAAUUUUGAUGGUUCUGAUCAGUGAUUUUUUGAUGAGCUUUUGAUGUUUUCUGAAGAUGAUGUGCUCACUAAUGGUUUUCUGAUCAAAACUGAUUAGUGAUUUAAGGUGUUUCAAGUUUGUAAUAAAUGAUUAGCAUGAUUAAAUAUUCU